CGAGGGUACUCCUCAUGAAUUAGAACGUUGCUCAUCAGUCAGCUCGCCCACAUGACAGUAUCAAAACGUCAAGUGGCAGGAAAUAGUGAGCUCAUGCUCGAUAAUCAAUCUCACGGUCUUUGAGUCCAUUGGAGUAUAUCUGUCGGUCCCUGAGAUAAGGUCAAUCAUCCGAAAUGUCCAAAUCUCUCAUACUGUACGACAUCCCCUCGACUCUUCCUAGCAACACUUGGUCGCCUAACAUCUGGAAAGCCAGAUACGUUCUCAACUAUAAAGGCCUCCCAUACCAUACCGAAUGGGUUGAGUAUCCCCAUAUCGAAGGCCUGUACAAAAAGCUCGGCGCCCAGGCCGGCGGCACCAAAGCUGACGGUCUAACACCCUACUACACUCUCCCUCUUCUGUACGAUCCCUCCACCGGCGCCUUCGUAUCCGACUCCGCAGCCAUUGCUCGGUACCUCGACAAAACCUAUCCCGAAACACCUACUGUCAUACCCGUGGGUACUGGUGCGUUGCACUACGCCUUUAAUGAGGCGUUAGAGUCCCACUUCGAUGCUCUUUGGCAGUUCGCUCUCAUUCAGACGAACUUCAUCUUGAAUCCCGUGAGCGAGGAGUAUUUUAGGAGGACGAGGGAGGCCAGCACGUUUGGGGGGAGGAAAUUGGAGGAUGCGAGUCCGAAGGGUGAGGAUAGGAAGAGGGAGUGGGCGAGGUUGAAGGGGGAUUUUGGCAAGAUCGAUGCAUGGUAUGGGAAGGGGGAUAGGUAUGUCAUGGGGGAUGCUGUGUCGUAUGCGGAUUUCACGGUUGGUGCGUGGCUCUUGUGGGUUCGCAUCAUAUAUGGUGUGGAUAGCGAAGAGUGGAAAGAUAUCUUGAUGUGGCACGAAGGUAGGUGGGGCGCGUUGGUGAAGGGCUUUGAGAAGUAUGAGGCUGUUUUAUAAUGAGAAAAAGAAAGACAUAAGCACUUGCUGCUAUGUGUUUGUAGGUGGGCAUGUGCGAGUAACUUAUGAAUGGGU